UACAGUGCGUGUGCCUUUUUUCUCUGUGAAAAUUAGCUCACAUAAUUUCUUCUUUAACAAAAUUUUCAGAAUAUGUAUGUACAUAUGUGCAUGUACUUCUGUGGACAAAUACGAUGGGAAAAACACACUCGGCUUCCAGGUUUGUUCUGGUUUCAGAAACAGACAUUCAAAUUACUGACAUUAUAAUCAAUUGCCUUUUUAGCGCAUCUAGUGGGUAUUUCGAACCCCGUUAAAAUAGUUAUAAAGAUACACAAAGAAAUUGAAUAGCGAGGGAUUGGAACCUGUGACCUCCGAAACACUGCUUGUGUUCUGGUAACUGACUGAUUGUGCUAUCCAACCCUAUAUUGGUGGUCCGUCCAAGUCGUCACUAUGGUUGUUCAGGGGUGUUAGCCACAAGCCAUGAACUGGUACAUGUACACGUACAUUACUUUUAUUGGCAAUGUUGCAAACGCUGGGCAAUGGUGGUCUUGGAUCAUUCAGAAGGGAUGAGGCACACAAAUUGUCCAACCCUAUAGUCUAAUUAUGUUUGUUAACAUUUCGCCUUGCGGUAUGUGUGCGCACAGCAUCCCCACCAGUAUAUUGGUACUAUUAUAUUAUACUAUUGGUAUUAUUAUAUCAUACGCAAAUAUGGAAAGUGCCAUUUUGCUAGCAUUAUACUAUUGUUGGCCUUCGUCAGAAUUGUGCAAAUAAUGCGUUGGUAUGAAUAUCCAUACACAGUUUGUCUGUUAAAACUCCCGAUGGAAUGCGUCUUUGAUAGCUUUUACACCACAUUAUGCCACUCUGAUCACACCCCAGUAUUGUAGGCUUUCAACAUUGUGUAGUUGCUUUACAGAACACGCAUUGCCUGGAACUUAACAAUUUGCAGGCUAUCAAGUGUCAACAUUAGCAAAAGAGAACCGCAGUAAUGUUCCCAACCAACUUGCCCUUUGAGGCGAAGGUAAAUUCGUAGGCUGUAUGGUUCAUGACCCAAAUUUUGAAAUGAUCCAAGUUCUGGUCUGCUUGCUGUGAAGAAUGGGUAAAUUACUUCCCCAAAUAAGGUUCUGCCAAGGGAAAAAAAAGGAGAAAAAAAAAAGAAAGGUGGGUAACAUACAUGUACCUAAAAACUGCAUUUGAAAAAAUACAACCACAAAGAAGCUAUUGAAAUGCACUCUUUUACCGGCAUACCACACACCUUUGAAAGCUCCUGCCUUUUUAAGUGGUGGCGGGUUAUUAACACCAUCAAACAGUUUAUGAGAGUCAGAAGUUGAGCCGGUGUAUUCUUUGGGCUGUGCUUGCCUGUGCUGUUUUCCUGAAAUCCUCCCUCCUUGUGUUUGAUAAAAUUGAACAUGGGUUUGUCACCAUUUCCUUGCUGGUGUGACUCUGAGACCCUUUCUGAAGAUGAAGAUGACGAGAUGUGUUCACGAUUGAGUCGUCAACGACGGGGGUCGGGGGGUUUAACCCCCACCCCUGGGGGACCUUUCUCUGCGCUCUGCUCUUCCAUGUGGCCACAGGACAUACUAGCCAGCCUGGCACAGACUGAGGAUUCUGGCGCCCAGAUGGAUUUCCGAUAUGAUGAGUUUGGUUUCCGAGUAGAUGAAGAAGACGGUGCAGAGCCCAAUUCCAGUAAGUUGUUAAGUCAGCCCUUCCUGGAGGACCCACAGCAUCGCUUGAAGUGGACGGCCUACUUUGAGUUUGCCCACAAUCAGGACGUCGGGAACCUCACCUGGGAUAAGCUUGAAAGUAGACUACCUCACACAGAGAAGUUACGUCACCUGGUUCAUGAGGGCAUUCCCCACAGCAUGCGACCCAACCUGUGGAUGAGGCUGUCAGGGGCCCAACUUAAAAAGGAGAACAGCGAAACAUCAUACAAGGAGAUCAUCAAAGCCAGCACCAGCGAUCACUCCCUGACUGCUAAACAGAUAGAGAAGGAUCUGCUGCGCACUAUGCCCAGCAAUGCCUGCUUCUCCUCCAGUAAGAGUACUGGAGUGUCCCGUCUGAGGCGCGUUCUCCGUGGCAUAGCCUGGCUCUACCCCGACAUCGGCUACUGCCAAGGAACAGGGGUGAUCGCAGCGUCCUUGCUGCUGUUCAUGGAGGAGGAGGACGCAUUCUGGAUAAUGUGUGCUAUCAUUGAGGAUCUGGUUCCGGCCUCUUACUACUCCAGCACUCUCCUUGGUGUACAGGCUGACCAGAGGGUGCUUCGUCAGUUGAUGGUCAGUUUCCUUCCAGAGUUGGAUCAGCAGCUGAAGAGCCAUGAUAUAGAGCUGUCGCUGAUCACACUCCACUGGUUCCUGACGGUUUUUGCCAGCGUGGUUCACAUCAGGGUGCUGCUGCGCAUCUGGGACAUGUUCUUCUACGAGGGCUCCAUCAUUCUCUUCCAAGUCACGCUGGCCAUGUUUAAACUCAAGGAAGAAGAACUUUUGAGGUUGGAGAAUUCCGCUCAGAUAUUCAAUGCUUUGUCCGACCUACCAGGAGAAAUGGAAGAUGUAGACAAGCUGAUAGAGCAGUUUGAUGCCAUAUCCAUUGUCAUACCGUGGUGUAUGAACACGACUUGUCUACUCUGCGGGGCCUGCGAGCUGUCUGUACCUUUAGAUGUAGAUUCAGCCGAAGGCCAGCAGGUGGGAAUGAAGCACUCGGCCUCCUUGACGGACAUCAUCGUUGACACCCACCGACGGAAGCACCUGGCCUACUUGAUGGCAGAGCAAGGGGCGAUUGUCAACCCGGAGAAUACCGGGAACUUACCAAAGCAGCACAUACACAAACGCCAGCUACACAGGAAAAAGUCUUUUAUGGGUAGUCUCUUCGGCUUGAACGAGAGUGAGGACCUAAAAGCCAAGAACAUCCGGCAGACUGAGCUCGUCUCAGACCUGAGGGAGUCCAUCCUCCAGAUCGGUCGCCAUUUCCAGUCCAUCGAUCCCAAGAAUGCUAAAAUGUCCCUGGUGCCAGACUACUCGCUGGAGAGUCACCAGAAGGACCACGAGCAGUUUGUCAACGUGACGAGGAACCGGAGACGGAGGGCCAAGGCCCUGCUGGACUUUGAGAGACAUGACGACGACGAGCUUGGCUUCCGCAAAAAUGACAUCAUCACAAUUAUCUCUCAGAAGGAUGAACAUUGCUGGGUUGGUGAACUGAAUGGCCUCAGAGGUUGGUUUCCUGCCAAGUUUGUGGAGCUUCUGGACGAGCGGAGUAAGCAGUACACAAGCGCUGGGGACGAUUCAGUCACCGAAACCAUCACAGACCUCGUCAGGGGAACGUUGUGUCCAACUUUGAAGAGUCUAUUUGAGCAUGGCUUGAAGCAGCCUUCAAUCUUGGGUGGGCCCUGCCAUCCUUGGCUGUUCAUUGAAGAGGCAAGUUGCAAAGAGGUGGAGAAGGACUUUGAGUCGGUCUACUCCCGCCUGGUGCUGUGCAAGACCUACCGCCUGGACGAAGACGGCAAAGUCCUGACGCCUGAAGAGCUGCUGUACAGAUCCGUCCAGUCAGUCAAUCUAACCCACGACUCGGCCCACGCUCAGAUGGAUGUCAAACUCCGCUCUCUCAUCUGUCAAGGACUGAACGAGCAAGUUCUGCACCUGUGGCUGGAGUGCCUGUGCUCCUGCGAGAAGAUCAUUGAGAAGUGGUACUAUCCUUGGUCCUUCAUGCGCAGUCCCGGCUGGGUACAGAUCAAGUGCGAGCUGCGCAUCCUGUCGCAGUUUGCCUUCAACCUGUCCCAAGACUGGGAGAUACCGCAAAAGAAAGGACUUCCCAGAAUCGGACAGAGGCCAGCAACCCUGAAGGACAGCGUCCAAGACAUGCUGAUCAAACAUCACCUCUUUAGCUGGGACCUUUGACCUUCAACCUCUGACCUUACCCCCUCUGCAGUUCACCGUAUAUUGUGGGUAAUGUUAGGCGCAAGUCAGAAAGUUUACCCCGUCACAUUUUGUUCAUUUUUUUAAAAGCUGUUCUAAAGAAGAGUAGUUGUAUUUACAAGGGUCACCUUUAUUUUGUAUCUAUUUAAAAGAAAAAAGUAUUGAAAUCAUAUGAGAAGGCAUUGCACCAUGAAGCAAGCUGUGGGCUGUUUUCAAAGGUUGUCUUCAUUUGUUGUACCAAAAUGUUAUAUUAAAGGGGUUACAAACUAAGUAACCUCUGUGAAAUAUGUUCCCUUUUAAACUGAAUUGACUAUUUCCUGCAGAAAUUCCACCUGUAUUUGUACAUUUCCUGUCCACGUAAGUUGAACCUUGAAGGAUUUGAAAUAUUGCUAAAGCUAAUGCAAGUUUGGGUUGUCAAAUUUAACUUUAGUGUAGGAAAAUACUUUUCGGGGACAUUUCAUAGCUUCAAGUAGUAUACUUAAGAAACAUGGAAAGGAUCUUUCCAUUGUAAAUAACGUUAAAAUAAUAAAUAUGUAGUCAGACCGGCAUGGAUAAUGUGCAAAUAGCAUAUACAUGUAUAUGUGUAUAUAUAUAUAGAAUCCUGCUGAUGUUUGUCAGUAAGGGAAAUCAGUAAGCAGGAGUUACUGCUGAUUGGCUGCCAAAUAUUUGAAUAUUCAUGUGCAUGCUUAAUUAGAAGGGAUGGCCAUUUGCAUGCAAAUCUGUGUUUUGAGGAGGGGCAAAGUUGACAUGUUGCAGUCUUACGACCAAUUGUCUUGACUGGCUUGGUGACCUGUGGUUUGACCUUUUGUUGCCGAGGAAAAUAAUGCUUCCAGCUCAGGUCACCUUCCACUUGUAGAUACUGUAAAAAAAAUGAGUGUAGUAAUGACAUCACCUUGCAUGAAAAUCUCUACAGUUGAAAGGGGGCAACGCGCAACAUUUUAUUGUUAAAUGUUCGGAAGCACCAUCAUAGAGUACCAAAGUGAAUACGUCGCGUGCACAAUUAGCGUGUAA